UUGAGACACCGAGUGUUUGGGCGUGUGCUGUGGCUCUAAGCGCCCUCUUCUUCUUUCUUCCCCCUACACACACACACACACACACACACACACUCUCUCUCUCUCUCUCUCUCUCUCUCUCUCUCUCUCUCUCUCUCUCUCUCUCUCUUUCUCUGCUUGCCUAUCAGUCGACCCACACCGGCAGCUCGUUAUUCAAUGUUUGUGUUGCUCGCAUCUGCUUCAGGGAGUCUAUACCGCGCGAGAAGAAGAAGAACAUGCGCUGUCUGAGAGGAGCAGCGGGAAGGAUGUCGACAUAUUAUUGACUUGUGCUGACUGUGUCGUCGAGACGAGCGAACAGCGCCGUGUGUUUACUUCGGUCACAGUAGCAGUGAGAAUGACGGAAUAUAAGUUAGUGGUGGUUGGUGCAGGUGGUGUAGGCAAGAGUGCUCUGACAAUCCAGCUCAUUCAGAACCACUUUGUUGAUGAAUACGACCCAACUAUUGAGGACUCAUAUAGGAAACAGGUGGUGAUUGAUGGAGAGACGUGUCUGUUGGAUAUCCUGGAUACUGCAGGUCAGGAAGAGUACAGUGCAAUGAGAGACCAGUACAUGAGGACCGGAGAGGGCUUUCUCUGUGUCUUUGCCAUCAACAAUACCAAGUCUUUUGAGGACAUUCAUCAGUACAGGGAACAGAUUAAGAGGGUUAAAGACUCAGAUGAUGUGCCUAUGGUGCUUGUGGGUAAUAAAUGUGACUUACCAGCACGCACUGUGGACACAAGACAAGCCCAGGAACUCGCCUGUAGCUACGGUAUACCCUACAUUGAAACCUCAGCCAAGACAAGACAGGGAGUGGAAGAUGCAUUUUACACUCUUGUCCGUGAAAUCAGGCAGCAUAAGCUGAGGAAACUGAACCCGCCAGAUGACAAUGGCCAAGGCUGUAUGAACUGCCGCUGUGUGGUGUCAUGAUCUGUGAAUAUGCAUGACGAGGCUUUUAGAGUGGUGCAGCCUUCCAGACCACAAUCACUGCAACACCUACACAGAUGCUGGAUGUUUAGAGCAGACUGUGUAAAAGGGAUGCUCCCGUCUUGCUCCUUCAUUGGAGAUGAAAUAAGUUGUACCUCAUUUUAACAGUCUCAACACUGGAGUUGCUACAACUGGAUGAAGCUGUCACCCUUAAAUAUAUUUACAUUAAACAAACUAUCUACUCUUAACUGGAAGUAAUAGCUCAGAAAAUAACCUCUCAUAUUGCUUUGUUAAAUGUGGAUGUUAGAAAAACACUUUACGAGAUGGAGAUGAGAAACACUACAUCAGUUAUAUUAGCAUACGUCUAGAUGUGAGAAAGAUUUGUUGCUUAGAGCAAGUCUAACACAUUCUAAAAUAUUGCAAAGAGGACUUUUAGUCAUAUGCAGUGUGUUUAUCAGAGGUUAUGGUGCAAUAGAUUGCGAUUAGAGGGUACACCUCCGAUAAGUCUUUGAUUUGCACAUGGUGUAGGACAACAUUUUAAAACGGAGGACUUUAUUCUUUGUUAGCUUUUGGUUUUGAAUGGCCCUCGGGGUCUUUGAAUUGUGGCUUGAUUAGAUAUCCAGAUGUGAUGCUUUUUAUUUUUCGAUAUUAGACAAAUGCAUUGCAGAUAAUUGCAUUGGCUAAAGAAGACAGAUUAAUGAAGAUCUCUUCAAAGAAUAAACAGACUUGUUGGAAAAUGAACGCAAAGCUACUAUAAACUUAAAAGCUUGGACUGAAAAGCCUUGUUGAUAUUCUUGCCAAGUACUGUGCUGUUCCCAUGUUCAGGGCAUAAGCUUGAAACUUUUACAUGUAUACCAUAUUGUCUAAUCUUCAACUGCAUUUUCCCCUUAUGCCUUUCUGAAGUAAAUAUUCCAUGUUUGUGUCAUUAGGGAGUGAAGAUUUAGGUUUAAAUGUGGAAUUCAUAUGAAAAACAAAACAAAAACAGAUUGACUGUAUACCAUUACUGUAAAUUAUCAUAUGAGGGAACCUUAAGUUAUAUGUUCAUAGGCAACAUAUGGCCUUGUAAUUGCAGGGAAGAGCCACAGUCUGGACUUUCUCUUUUUGAUUGCUUAAAAUAGCUCAUGUCUCUUUGCAAAGUACAGAUUUUAAAUCUCAACAAAGAUCUUUCUAGUUCAUUUAGGCUACUUAAAUCAGAUGAACUAACAUGUCUUUGACUAGUAGUGAGUGUAUUCUCUUUCUGGUUGAAAUUUGAUGAUUUUACUGUAAGGAUUCUGGUGUGUUUUAUUCCCUGACAGUCUAUUGAUUGUUCUCAAGGACAUACAUGGACGGAUAUGAUUCUCCUUUUAAAUCACAAGUCAGUAGCUAUGGAUAUGACCUUCAGGGGAUUCUGUCAGAAUGCUGUAGGCAUCCAGAUCUUUUUGAUAGAUUUACUGUCUAUGCUGCCACAGAGUAAUGUGGGUUUAUCAGGCGGCGAGAUUGCUUCCACUUAGCUACCGAAUAAUGUUUUACAUCAAUACUAUUGGUUAAUGGCCAUUUUCCGUAGGCUAACACUCAGAUUAACAUUAUGUAAAAAAAAAAAAAAAAUCAAAAAAACGUGACCUGUCCAACGUUAUUCUGUUUUGAACUUGACGUACGCCAACUGCUGCUAAAUAAUUUUUGUUUUCUUUCUUUUUUUAUGGAAAAGAAAUGGUAGAACACAGCGUUAGCGUUCCAAAAGGCUGUGUCGGUUCUGGUAUUAAAUAAUCAUAUUGGUUUUUGCAGCAAUUAAUACUUAAAAAUAUGAUUAUUUUU